GUGUAAAGAAUGAAUAACACUCGAGAGACUUCAUAGAAAAGAUCACAAGUGAGAGAGAGAGAGGAAAAAAGGGAGCUUCUGGGGAUGAAAACAGCGGUUUCGAGGGUUGAAAAUGGGGGUGUGCAGAGUAAAGUGCACUCUCUCGUUGCUGCAGGCUUAACGGUGCAUAGAGCACUCCACGUUGCGGAAGUGGACAAAUACAACUGUGGCAAUUCCUUCUUGAAUUGCUUUCCGAUUCUAGUAACUGCAAUUGCAUAGCAUGGGAAGGUACUAAUGGAGAAUUUAAGCUUACUGAUCCAGAAGAAGUGGCUAGGAGAUGGGGAGAACGAAAGAGUAAACCAAACAUGAACUAUGAUAAAUUAAGUCGAGCACUUAGGUACUAUUACGAUAAGAAUAUUAUGACUAAAGUACACGGUAAAAGAUACGCGUACAAGUUUGAUUUUCACGGUUUAGCCCAGGCAUGUCAACCACCCACUAACGAUAGUCCGGUAUAUAAAUUUCAAUCGGAUUUCUUUCUGCCGCCUUAUCACGCUCAUGCACCGAAAUUAAAUUAUCUUAGCACAAGACCGAGUACAUCACAAGCUCCUUUGUUUACACCAGCGGCUGUACCUGGAUCAUACUGGUCUGCUACACCUUCCGGUGCUUGUAACCUUUAUCCUAAUAUAUCUGGUCAUGCUCUAUCCCAUCAUGGGCAUAGAACAAAUGGUAUAGGAGCAUAUUAUGCAUAAAGGUGACUAAAAAUCCCGGAUUUUUAUGCUUUCUACUUGGUUUUUUGGUCUUCUGCGUCACUCCCCUCUUAAAUUAUUCAUUAGGAGGCUUGACACUUUUCUUUUCUAGUUGUUUUUAGAGCGUGAAAAGUUGGGAUUAAAGAGCAUAAAAAUUCGGGUGAUCCAUAAUGAUGUAGAGAAAGAAAAAUGUGUAUAUGUCACUUAAAAAUAUAUAACGAUAACAUUAAGAAUAAUUGAUUAAUAUAGAAAUAUGUACAGAAAAAAAAAUAUUAAAUAUAUAUAAAUGC